GCAUCAGCCGUCCAUCAAUCUCUAGUCUCAACAACCCCGUUUUUGGCGACAAUUCUCACAUAUCUAAUAGGUUUUGAAUUAUCCUCCAGAUCCCGGGAUUUAGGGCUGUCUAGGACCUCAAGACGUAAGCCCUGACGUUGGAAAGAUAUUUCAUAUUUCUUGACAACUUGGACAUGUGAACAUGGCCAGACUAACCCAAGAGAUUCAUACACACCCAAAUCCCAUGCAUAGCUAUGAAUGCAUACUUGGACUCAAACGACUUUCGAACUUUAUUGUGCCCUCAUGUAGUUUAAAUUAAAACGCCCAAGACCUGCAAAUGUGCUCAUAUCUGGUAUGAAUGGCUGCCGGCGACUCUCCUAGGUAUGAAACCUAUGAAUCUGGGCGAGGUGUGAUCUUGCAAGCCCGGUUUCCUUUAUUGCCCCGUAAUUGAAUGGUGAGGUGUCAAGCAAGACCCCAGGAAAACGGGGACGGGGCCAGAUUUCCAUGGGAAUCUCAAGAGCUCAUCUUGGGCACAAAGCCACUCGAGCAUUUUUUCCCGAUGCAUCCUGUUUACAUUGGACGAGAAAUGCCAUUCAUAAAUGUCCAACCAGAGAGGCAGAAAUGGGUCGGAAAAUUCGAUUGGACAGGCACAAUAGUGCAUCAUGUAUAUGACCGAUGAAAUUGAGUCGCAAAUCUGCUUUUACCAUCUCGAACGAAUCUCGGCGCGGCGGAUUGAGAUAUUGGCCGAAUGGUUUCGUUGUUUUUCACCCAGGACCGACGAGAGGUUGUCUUGAGCCGAGUUUAAAAGGGCCAGACAAAGGCAAUGUUCCUUUGUGCUCGUUGAGUAGGACAAAGAUGGGGCUGGGAUAUCGGAUCCUCGUUUUGGGCGUGUGACCAAUUCAAGAGGGAUUUUCUCUAUUAUCCUUUGAGGGAAGAAAAUCGGACUUUAAUGGAGGAUUGGACAUCAUGAUUUGAUUGAAAAUGAUGGAAGAAUGGGCUUGAACCCUCCUCGGCUUAACUCCACCCAAGUACUAUUUUUACGCGCCAAAGAUGCCCUUUUAUUUUCAAAGAAGAAAAUCCCCGGACUAAUAAAUAACAAGCGUCCUUGAAAACACGUAACGUGAAUGGCUGAAAUCAUUGCAUUUGAAGUAGGGAGCCAUCAAGCCGGCUGAUGGGUGUGGGCAGCCUCAAGCUCUGUUUGGAACGUCAAGAAUGUAAGCAAAUUGAACAACGUCUGUCCUUCAUUGUAUGCCUGCACAACUCCAUCAUAGAUGGGCUCACAGCCUUGGACGCUGACUUACGUGCCCCACUCGACCAAUGCUUUCUGGACCAUGAACAAUCUUGACGAGAUUAAUCAGUCAGAAAGCCAUCAUACCAAUAGUAAUACCCAAGGAAGUCUGGAAACUACAUAUUGCUUUGGGUGAUCGUGCGAAUUGACGUCGUCACUCCAGACGUCGAGCGAGUACAACACAAGAGGGACAUGCCAUCAUGAUGAUGGCUCACCAGGCCUCAGAGAGUUAAAUGUAACUUUGGAGUCAAACAAAAACACUGAUUGGCCUAAUGGGCAAGAGAGGAGGGAGCUUGGGCGGCGAAUUUACAUAAACACCCAACGCCAUUGGAACGUCGCACCACCCACCAGGAUCCUGAUGAUUCCAGUUCCUUUUCGGCUUCUUACUAUCUUCUCUCUCCUCUCUCUUUCUCCUUCUGCAUCUCCCCAAAAAUUCGGUGUUAAACAAAAAAAAAGCCGGAUUCUGACGUUUAAAGCAGGAUGCAAUAUCGAUCGAAAUUAGUGCAAACCUUGCCAUGAUCUACUAUGAUGUCGGAUUUAUUAUCCACCAGUGUGAGGUGCUAUAUGAUUGAUGCAAUCUUAGGGAGCUUGUUUGGUCACGAGAAUCCAGCCAACGAGUUGCAGAAAAAAACCUAAAGAAGCCACUUUGUGUGACUUUGGUAACUCAACAAACAUUGAAAGCCAUAGGAAAAUACACAAAUGAUUCGGUCUCUUUGUGAACUGGACUUGUUCAUGGACGACGGUGGACAUGGAUGGGUUACUUUCUCUUGAGAGUUGGCGAAUCAAAUAUUUGGAGCACGAGCGUCACUAGCAGAAUUAAGACGAUGUGUGUUUCUUAAAACCUGUUGUCAAGGUUGAACCUCCUGUAAAAAUUCCAUUGGUCCGAAUGAUGUCCGUUGAGCUGAGAAGUCCAUAAAAGUGUGCGUGACCACGUUUGUAGUUUGUACCCAAAAUAAGGUUCCAUCAUCAAGUCGCGGUCCACAAAAAAAGGACGAAGGACCUGUCAGUUGAUCAGCGGAGAAAGACCCACCUGCAGUCAUGGACCUGUCUCUCUACCUGGACUCAUCUCCUUAUCAUCAUCAUCAUCAUCAUCCACACUUUCAUCGUCCACCCAGUGCCCACCCUUUAUCACCCACGCCUUGCCACGCCUCCUACAAGGGCCCAAACUAUGGACUCAUGGUGCACGGAGCCUACCCGUUUAGUUCGCCCAUCUACUCGCCUCCGGAAUUCUCGUACAACGAGCCUUGGCAGAAGCCUCCGUACUCGUACAUUGCGCUCAUUGCCAUGUCCAUUUCAUCUAGUCCGAGUCGAAAGAUGACCCUUAACGAGAUCUAUCAGUUCAUCAUGUCCCGGUUCCCCUAUUACCUACACAAUCGGCAGGGUUGGCAAAACUCAAUCCGCCACAACUUGAGCUUGAAUGAGUGCUUCGUGAAGUUGCCCAGGGAUCGAAAAAAGUCCGGCAAAGGUGCUUACUGGACUCUGGCCACGUCCGCCUCGGAAAUGUUCGAACACGGCAAUUAUCGGCGCCGGAAGCGGAAAAUCAAAACCUUUGAAGAGCUUGCCAAUGUAAGUUCUCGGCCGCUUCAGUUGGCAUCGCAGGAGCCACCGCCUCACCAGUUAUAUCCUAAAAAUCUCUCACUGACCAAAUCCACAACCGUUCCCGAGACGAACUCCUUUACAAAUUCCGAGACCAAAGCCGAUCUCCGCCAUUAUCAUCCUUUUAGUAUUGAGCGCUUGGUUGGAAGUAAAUGACGAAACUGCAAAUCCGGUUAGGG